GCUUUCACACCUGGACCUCAUCACUUCCUGUUCGCUGAGAGAGCGUGGUUUGAGACAGAGCUCCGUCAAACUUUUUCUAAAUAUAUCGUUUAUUCCUGUUAUUUCUUAAUAUUUAUAUUGUAAAUUGAUAACUCACAGAGGGUUAAACCUAUCCUUAAGUGUAUCCCAUACCAAAUAUCGUCAUAUAACGCACAGAUAGAUUUGUUUUAUACGAUCAUUCGCUAUUAGCACUCAGGCUGUUAGCAUUCCCAGCCUUUAGUUUCUGAAUAUUGCCUUUACUGCUUAACUCACUGUUCUCAUUAUGACACCACUAAUGGCUAAUGAUUCAGAUAUGUGUUUAACGUUACCUUUGAGUGCAGAUGAUGAAUCUUUCUUCGCACUUCAGUCAGAACUGGAAGUAUUGGAGAAGCAGAUCCACGAUCUACUCGAGAGGCAAACACGUCUGCGAGAACGUAAAACGGCGAUGGAAACAUCCCGGGCUGACGCUCGCAAAGUUGCGAGCCCAGGCUUCAAGAUCACGACGAGCCGAAAUGAACUUCACUCCUGCACCUGCACACACACGGCGGAAGGCGAAAUCCAGGACCGGAGCGAUGACCUCUCCCCCACCGCCGCGACCGGUCUCCGAGAUUUCUACGAGAAAUCGCUUUGCCGCCCUCUGCGAGACGAAAUCCAACGCUGUGGUCAUCGGAGACUCAAUCGUCCGGAACGUACGCGCCUCCUUCAAUGAAGGUAAUGUGCGCACUCACUGUUUUCCUGGCGCCCGUGUUCUAGAUGUGUCUGCGCAGGUAACUGCGAUUCUGAAGGAGGAUGCAAGAGUAGGAGCCGUAGUUCUGCACGCGGGGGUGAAUGAUGUGAGAAUGCGGCAGUCGGAGAUCCUGAAGAGGGACUUCAGGAGUCUGGUCGAUACUGUUCGCAACGCAUCGCCGUCGGCGAGGAUCAUCGUAUCAGGGCCGCUUCCAACUUACCGACGAGGGAACGAAAAGUUCAGUAGACUAUUUAUGCUUAAUAAUUGGUUAAUGUCAUGGUGUAUUGAACAGAAGCUGCUCUUUGUAAAUAAUUUUGAUCUGUUCUGGGAGCGACCUAGGCUUUUCCGCCCCGACGGGCUGCACCCCAGCAGCAUUGGAGCGGAAAUUCUGUCUGACAACAUCUCAAAGACGCUACGCACCAUUUGACUAGUAAGUACAAAUUUUAACUACAGUCUGUGUUCUUCUCACCCAACUGUUAAGAAUGUUACUGCUUUCAAAUGCAUAGAGACUGUGUCUGUCCCCCGAAUAAUACAACCAAAUAAUAAUUUAUUUAAAAGUCAGAGAAAAAAUCUUAUCAUGAUUAAACCAAAAGACAAUAUAUUUAAUGAGCAAAACCAACGCCUAAAGUUUGGGCUACUUAAUAUUAGAUCACUAAAUCCAAAAGCAGUUAUUGUAAAUGAAAUGAUCACAGACAACAGUUUUGAUAUACUUUGCCUCACUGAAACCUGGCUUAAGCCAGAUGAUUACUUCGGUCUAAAUGAGUCUACUCCUCCAAGCUACGGUUAUAUUCAUGAGCCACGUCCGGUUGGUCGAGGUGGUGGUGUCGCAACAAUCUUUAGAGACUUUCUUACCGUUACUCGGAGAACAAUGCAUACAUUUAAAUCAUUUGAAAUGCUUGCGUUGAACAUAACAGUUCCAAACAAAAGUAAAAAAUCAUUGGUCUCUCUUACAUUGGUUACUGUGUAUAGACCCCCUGGGCCUUACACUAAUUUUCUGAUAGAGUUCGCAGACUUCUUAUCGGAUCUAUUGGUUAACGUCUAUAAAGUACUGAUUGUUGGAGAUUUUAAUAUCCACGUAGACAGUGCUAACGAUCCAUUAGCUGUGGCGUUUAAAGAACUACUAGACUCUUGUGGUGUAACACAAUACAUCAAUAGACCUACUCAUCGCCUUAAUCAUACCCUAGACUUGAUUAUAUCUCACGGAGCCGAUCUAACCAAUAUCGAUAUUAUACCUCAAAGCGACGAUGUUUCCGAUCACCAUCUUAUAAUAUGUACACUGCGCACUGCAGAAAUCAGUUGUAUAUCUCGUUAUCGACAAGGUAGAACAAUCACCUCAACUACUAAAGAUAGUUUCGUAAAGAACUUGCCAGAUCUGACUUCUCUAAUAACCUUUCCAA